UUCAUAAGCAUUCGUAGUGAAUGAGUACACUACGCACUGCACGUGUUGAAAGUAACAAAGUCACACUUUGAAAGUGUACUUGUACAUAAAUAUAAUUUGAUCAAUUUGUGUUUUUGGUGUACUGGGAACAAGAAAUAGAUUUUAGUUAUUUGCACGUCAAUCUCUGUCGUUAUGAUACCUGGCUGUACAGUCACUUCUGUAGUAGUGUGAGCUCCGAGGUUAGUACACGUAACACAGUACUCGGUAGGCGUACACUGAGCUACUCCUAGUAUUGUUACGAUGACUGAACCAUACGACAUGAUGAUGAUGUUCUCAACACUGUCCCCUGACGUCAAUGGCAGUGACCUGGCUCGGGAUGUCGAAGCUGUUGGGUGCUUUGGCAGCUAUAACACAAUUGCCUGCGUGAGGGAAGCAGUGCUGUCAGCCCUCACUGCCGCCACAGGGUUGCUAUGCAUAGCCAGACUGAUUAAGUCUCACAUGGUUAGACAUCAUCAUAUUCAUCUCUACAUAGUGUUCUACUGCGCUGCCUUUGAGUGCAUGUUAUUGGUAAUCCACUGGCUGUGGGUGAGUGCAUUUGCCCAGCUGGAUUUUGCUGCACAGUAUCUGAAGUUGGUGCAGUUUCUGGCCGUUUGCCAUUUUCACUGGACGCUAGCUGCUAGAAUUCUUCAUUUGGAGUACCUUUCCAAAAUAGUGAUGCCUGCGAUACUAGCUUCAUUGAUGUACUUCACUACUGUUGUCAGCGUAGCAAUCAUUGUUGCCAAGAGCACUUGGACAGAAUGCCUUGAACCGUGGUGGUUGAUGCUGUCUGCCCCUGAGUUUAUCACAGUGCAGUUCUUCUUCAUCGCUGGGAUCUACAUUACUCGGAAGCUGAACAGAGUUAGCAUGAUGGAAGAUGUAAAGAAGAAACAAAAGUUGGACUUGUGGAGCGUUAUUGUGAUUUUUGAGCUAUCAGCGACAUGUUGCUUGGUUUAUGAUGCUGUAAUGCAGAUCACUGGCAAUCACACCAACGGAUGCAGCAGUAUUUUUAGUCAUAACCAAACCAUCUACUCAUUGGUGUUUUUUGGCUUCAUGCUGGUGAAGUUCAUGCUACCACUCUGGGUGAUGCUGUAUGUAUUCCAGCCUACCUUACAUUUGCCACCAGUCUUUGAAGAACAUUCAGAGCAACAGACACACAGGCCCACAUUUAACUACCAGUCUCCGUACCAGCCGUUGGAUGAGACAGCACGCGGAGUCAGUCCUGCUCCUACCCCAGUUCUCCAAGGGUGGGAAACAGAAGCCAACGAGAGGUCACCUUUGGUUCAGGGUAGGCCAUGAUGAUGAAAACAGUAUGCGCAAGUCCGUCACAGAGUCACGGUAACAUCCUGUCAUCCCGGUGCAGUAUGGUUGCAAAAUCAAUGUGAACAUGGUGAUUGUUAAUUGUUAACUAUGCUAAAGAUCAUAGAAGUACUUUAGCUUUUGGCAUGUUAACACGUAUGUGAUUCACAUUGCAACUUAGUGAACUGUUAACGACUCAAUUGAGAAAACAUUAUUUCCUGGCAAAUGCUAUUGAUAAGGAAAUUAAAACUUCACAUAGGUUCUAGUUUAAUGUCAGAAUUAAUUAUUAUGUGGCUGAGCCAUCAAUUUAGUUUUUACACUGUAAAAUAUAAAACCUAGAUUAGGUCACAACUUUGUUAUGGAAUUCACCCACGAUAUAGCUUAUAGAGAUAUAAUUAUUUUAAUGAUUGAUAUAUAUUAUAUAUAUUAUUAUACAUGUUAAUAUAUAUUGAUAUUUUUGAACGUCAGUAAACGGAAAUGCACCAGCUAUAAACUGUUAGCGGAUGGCUAAUGAAUUAAUGGUCAUUAAUCUUUGCAUAGCUUGAAUUGCUGGUACAAAUUGUUGGCGAGUCACAGUUGCUGUUCAACUGCACUUGUACACAUAUACCUGCAUAGGAACCUUAUUGCAUAUAUGUAUAUACAUGUAAAACACGUGUACAGGCUAAUUAUUAGUUACAAUAAGUUAUGAUGUUCUUAUAUUUUAGCGUGGUUUUUAGGUUUUCCUGGAAAAUGAUCAAACCUGUAUAUGAUACUGUUGCUUAAAUAGGUACUGACAUAUUGGUUGAUGGGUAUGUUGAUUCCAUCAUAUAAUCAGUAAAUAUGGUCCUUGACUAUGUAAAUUUACUUAAUUUCACAAAGUAACAAAUUUAUGAGCCGUAUUGUCAUCAUAUGCAUUGUACAGUUGCAAUACAAUCAUCUUUCUAUAUAAUAUGGGUGAUACACAAUUGCUGGCUUACUCGUUUUAUCCACAAUAGAAAAAUACAAUAUCUUGAA